AUGGAUCUAGACCCGGUGACCGCCUUCUGACUUUUGAGAGGGGGAAGGGGGAGGAACAGGGAAUGGGAAGAGAAGACGAGGAAAGCUGAUAGCCUGCAGAACAUGAUCGGGUUCCUGGUCUUAAGCAGGCUGCCGAGGAUCUAACUGAUAGCCAACCACCCCCGACAUUAACUGAAACUCAUUUCUCACACUCUGAUCAGCCAUGGCGGCCCUCUUAUAUCACAUGUUCUCGUCUUCUGCAUUGGUCUCACUUGGUCUCUACAACCUCAUCGCCUCCACUCGCUAUUAUCUCAAAUCCCCUCAUUCCUACUCCGCCAAACCCUUCCACCCUUUCCCUCCUUCCUCCUCCAAUACUCAGAACCACCGCCUCCGUCACCUCCCUCUCUAUCUCAUCUCCGUCUGCCUUCUCAUCGCCUUCGUCCAUCAGCUCAUCAUUUCCUCCGAUUCCGACCCUCUCCUCAAAGGCCACACACCAGUUCAUCGUUUCACCUCCCUCCAAUCCGCCGCCGUCCUCUUCCUUUUCCUUAUCCUCUCCCUCUCCCUCUUCCUUUCCGAUUCCUCCACCCUUCUUCCCCUCCCCAAUGAUCUCAUCUUUGCCCUAGCUUCUGCCCUUUUCUUCUUGCAAUACUCCGUCUCCUCCGCCUCCGCUUCCGUCCAGACCUCCGAUCUGGAGGCGAAAUGUGACUCCGUUUCUGCCCGCAUCUCAGCCACCGCUGCCCUUUUGUGCUUAGUUAUUGCUUGUAAGCCCAGGCUCUUCGUCGCGGAUGUUGGUUUGGGAGCUUCUAUAAUCUUGCAGGGGCUUUGGUCUUUGCAGACAGGAUUGUCCCUGUACGUUGACGCAUUUAUUCCUGAAGGAUGUCAUCGUUUGCUUGAUGUGGUAAAUGGGGUUGAGGGUUCGACCAAGUGUGAUGUCGAGGAAUUCAAGUUCAGAGCUGUGGCUAUUCUGGAUCUUUUGUUUUUGGUUCAUGUAAUGUUUGUGGUGGUCAUUGUCAUGAUCACUUACGCUGUCGUUGCAAAGAGCGUUGGCACCCGGAGAUCUGGCUCCUACGAGGCCUUGCCUAACAGUACUUCCCCUUCAGAAAGUAAUCAUAGUCAAAUACAGAUGAAAUCAUUGACUGGCACGCAGGCUUGAAUCAUUCCUGUCCUUUUUCCUUUUCACUGUUCAGCACUUCUUUCUGUUAAGCUUAGGAUCCAUGUGAGCAGAACCUGCUUAUGUUUUCUGGGACUUGAUCCAGUUUUAACACCUCAAGAUUUCCCUAUGGUGGUCCGCUACUUGCUCACAGCAUAUACAAUCAAUUAUUAGAAAACUGAAAGCACGUCCUAGAAACUAGGGCGAGCCUCCAAUAUUCCCUUGUGGUCUUAGAUUUCUUAAAAAGGUUUCCAUGACUCCGCUGUGGGAAGAAAAUCAUGCUCUGUAACAUCUACUUCAGUGGAAUUAGGAAUUUCAGCAGAUAUAUGAGGCGUUCACAUCUCCCCAUUAUAAAAAGACAAAUGUUAUAUAAGUAACUGAGUAUAAUUAAUUGAACACAUUACAUAAGAUACAGUAUAACUUUGAGACUGCGUCGGUGAGUGGAGCUGCAUGGUGACUUUUCUCCUACAUAUGCAUGUGUUGUCUCUCAUUCUUGAAGUGUUUUCAUUUUUGGAAACAGCCUGCAAGU